AUGGAAACCCAGUCCGUUCCGCCUUCCUCUCUGGUCAUGCUGCCUCCAAAGACCUGCCUACCCAGGAACUACAGCUGCAUUGCCGGGCUGUUCGGGAGCCUGGCAGCGGCCAAUCCGAGGCUGGAUGAUGGAGAGGAUUUCGACUACGUGAACGGGACCUGUGAGCCCAUCGAAAGCCCCGUGGUGGAGGAGAGACCGAGAGGAAGGGAGAUUCUCCUCAAACCUACACAGAGUCCGAACCUCCGUCGGAGAUGCAAGUCCCUGCCGACCCCCACAGAGAGAGCUAAAUUGGAGAUCGCCCGUAGUCGAAGCCCAACAAGUCAGAAGACCGUCCGGUUCGCUGACUCUCUGGGUCUGGAGCUCACUUCGGUGAAACAUUUCGACGACGCAGAUCUGCCACAGGUCCCAGAACGUAUACUGGCCAAAUGUCAGGGACCCCUCAACAUCCACCAUGUGGGUACCAAAUUCCCCCGUCCUCCGAGCCAAUCAGCAGUCUGUAUGGAACUGCAGUUCUCCAACCCAGGCAGACUGCCUGAUUUCGAACACAAAGUAAGAGAAGUUAAGGUAAUGUUGGAAACGUUUGAGGCGGACGAAUUCAGCCUAUCGGGAGUCGUGCGUGUGUUGAAUUUGGCGUUUGAGAAGAGUGUGUAUCUGAGAUAUUCUCUGAACAACUGGAUCACAUUCAUGGACAGUUUGGCGUACUAUGUACCUGAUUCCAGUGAUGGGGUCACCGACAAGUUCUCCUUUAAGAUCAUCACCCCGACCUUUCUCGAAGGAGGGGGGACAUUGCAGUUUGCCAUUAAGUAUUGCGUAGGUGGGGAGGAGUUUUGGGACAACAAUGUUGGGAAAAACUACAAAGUGCGUCGCCACAGGCUUAAAAUGUCCCCACCACGUGAAUGGGAGAACGGCUGGAUCCACUUUAUCUAGUGAACCCUGUGCGCGUAAUGUGUGCGUAAUGCUCACGCAAUUAAUCCUCGGGCACCCAGAGCUUGAUAAUGAUGUUACUUUUGUUUUCACUUGUCUGCCUAACACCGUCCGUCUGUGAUAGUAUCGACUUCAACCAACUGAAAACGAUGUAUCCUGUAUGUUCACUUCCAAAUAGAUAUUUGACCAAUAUAAAAGUAAUGGACCUAUAGGCUUUAGGUGCCAGCUAGAUUCAGGAAGGGACGGGCUUUUGUUCCCUCACUCUGAAUUCAGGGCUCGGGAGACUACAGAUGGGUGCCCCUUGUGCACGUCGAGGUGGUUAUAUAAAGAAACACGUGCCACGGAAAACGUGCUGGGCUGUGUCAACUCUAUAGGCAUCCCUUUCAGAGACGCAGGUUUGGUUUUUACCUGCAUCGUCGUUUGGGGCCACUGUUCGUUCUCUCUGCAACAAGUUCCACUCUCAAUGCAAAUGGUUCAUCAACAUAAAUUAAUAUUUCACCAGGGGUCAUUGUAGCAGAUUCUUCCAGAAAUCAGGAAAACGGUGGACGCCAAAACAUAUAUUGGACUGAUAGAGAAAAUAGUAUUUUCGUAUUUUUUCUGUCCCCCAUUGCCAUACAGUUGAAAUGCCUUAUAAAGGAAUUGUGCAAUUGAAAAGUAUUUUAGGAAAACAUUCCCAGAUAUUUAUUUUUCAGAUUACUUUGGGUUCACAUAUUUUAUUCACCCUUUUGUAAUAUGUGAUAUUGGUCUAUUCCUAAAGUUCUUGAAAGUGUUGUUUAACAUGUGGCUUAAUGUGUUAGGCCUCCAUAUUCUGAUAAACCAAUCUAGUUUAAGGCCUACACAUUUCGUUUUGUGUCUAUUGUUAUUGUAUUGGACACCUGUUCCCCUAUUGAACUGAAAUGUAGUUGCAUGGAUGAUUACCUCAGACAAAUUGUGGACCUAUAGCGUUCAUCUGUAUAUAUCCUGGUUUAUCUUUUCAUGUGGAUAUAGAUUAUUUAAAGAGAUGCAUUUAUGAUAUCCUUCUAAAUGUUAAUCUAUUUUUUCAAAUCUCAACAUUUCCAAAACACUUUUUCCAAAGCAAUCAUCACCACCUUAUAAUGAACCGUGUCUACUUUUGGUUUCUGCAUUUUAAAAGGAAACUGUCUAUAAACAAAGAAUCAAGCAUUAAGUGGCAUUUACUGCUCCUAAAAUGAUCACUUUUGUUUUCCUGUGAUCGUCUUAUAUAGUGCAACCAAGGAGGCAUUGUGUUUUUCUGUUUCAUGUUUCAAAUCCAUAUACAGAAGAUGACAUAAAGAACCAGACAGCCAUCAUCAACCCACAUGUUGGGUCGGUGAUCACUGUGUAUCUCCACAUACCAUAUAGUAAACAUUUUCUUCGGAAUUUCGUAACGUUGUUUGGUAGCUCUAGUCUUGAGUUGCCACCAGAUUACAUCUUCAAACAUUAGGCAAUCCGGCCCUAAUGUCAACAUCCAUUUGUUGGCAUCUUGCUACAUCCUCUUCUCACUUCGGGGGGGAUGUUGUUUAUUCUAAGCCUUUAGAACCAUGUGGAAAAAGUGUUCCAAUAGUUCCACUUAGAUUUUGGAACACAUUCAAAAAGUCAUUUGACUUGAAAUCUCUAUGAGAUACCUCCAAAGCUAACACGGUUCGUUGUGGUGCGUCUGGACUGCAAAACGGUUGGGCGUCAGGUGACCUAGCCCGUCCUUCUAACAGCAAAACACUGUGUUGAUGUUGGCCAUUCUAGUCUGGUGUUAUACUUUGAAUAUCAAAUAUUCUGGCAUCAUCACUUUGUUGUGUAUUACGCGGUCACACUUCUGUCUACCUUUCAUCUUGUAUGCUUAUGCUAUUAACCAGAGUAUUCGCCUAUAUGUGGUUUGGGCUGAGGCUGCAGGGAAUAAUCAAAAACUGCUACCGGGCUGUGAUGACAACAAUUGAACCAAUGCUGAAUAUGAAUGGCAAGCUUUAAUAUAUUGUUUUCCGCAACACUAAUGUGUCUUCUGAGUGUCCUAUGGGGCAUAUUUAAUACCAGUUCUUCAAUACCGAUUCUGGUGCGAGUUUGGAAUUAGAUGGUUGUUAUAGUAUGUCAAUAACCCAUAACAUGUUAUCAGGCCAAAAUAAAGAUCCUGCAAUUCCAUUUAAGAUAAUUUUACAAGACGCACCUGGUUUGGAUGUGCCCCUUGAUGUAGGAAAGAGAAAAGGGCUUCUGGUCUAAAAAGCGACAAGUUAUUCCUCUUUGUGUAUACAGGAAAUCACAUUUGGCAUACUCAUAUAUAAAUAUGUAUAUGUAAAUGUCUGUUUUCACAUUGAAUGUGUUUUUGGUGAUGUGCAAUGUUGUGUACACUCAAAUCAUUUUAAAAAGGAGAGUGCAAUGGGGACGGGAAAGUGAGAUGUUGGAGACAAAAAACUGUGAAGGCCAAGCAUGAUGAUACUAAAGCACAGUUCUUGAUGCAUAUGAUAACCAAGACUUUCAAAAAGAAUGAGAUGCUUUGUCGAUAAUAUACAUAUAGUAUUAUAUGAUAGCUAUUUGAAGCCUUCACGGCCAAAUUUAAACACUAAGGAAUAUUGGUAAAUAAAGCAUAGAAUGAAAUAUUGAUGAUGCAUAUGAAUAGAAAGUCGUACCUGAAUUGAAAAAAGAUGCGAAAAGCACUUUAGUUUGAGUACGUUUUUGAGGAGAGUGACAGUGAAGAUUGUAGGGGGAACUGAGAAGUAUGUUUACCUGAUGGGAUUUGAGUGAACAUGGAAUGAAGACAGGGACACCAUCCUGUGGCUAGUGAACAUUCAAACCAAGGUUUGUUUAGUUUCCUGCUCAUACCUUGCUAUUUGCCUCACAAUGUGAAGUUGACCCAUGUUUAACCCUUUGAAUUUCUAACCCUUUUUUGUCACUGAUGAAACACUUUUAGGCUUGCCAGUGACUAUUUUAUUGUAAACCUAUGCAAGCCCCUUUUUUGGAUUUUAAUGUUUUAAUUUUUUAAUUUUCAUUACUGUAAAAACUUUUCAACACUGUUUGCAUCCACGACUCAGUUAAACAUCUUCUUUAUAUUGUCAAAAACAUUGGUAAUAAAGGCACUUGUGAUGGUCAA